AAAGCAAAGCGCACUGUUGAGUUGUUUGAAUUGUAUAAAUUCUAUGAAUAUACGUAUAAACCCGAACAAAAAUGCAAUUAGAGUCGUAUAGAUGCUUGGUUACAGUUCUGCUUAUUAUUGUUUUAAUUAUGGACGAGUGUUUGUUUUGGUGUUGUGGGGGGAACUGCCUUCAGUCGGACAUUAUGUAGUGACGGACCCACCCCGGCCACUUUCGCCCCAUGUUCACAUUGCAAAUGUUCCAGUCGGACAUCGUUCAAGUGUUGGACGCGCCGCCCGGCCGCUUCCGCUUAAUUUUUAUACUGUUUGUACAAUACAGUUAUGAUUUUUACUUCUUUCAUGGCUAAUAUUUGAGUUUUUUUUCCCCACGGACAAGGAUAAAAUAUUAAAAAUUCAAGGGAAGAUAAAGAACGAAAUCUGCCGCAAAAUGGUCGGUUAAAACGGCUGGGGGGGAGAAUUUGUUGUCCGAAUUUCAAAUUUGGAUUUCGAGACUGAGCUGCUGUUGUUGAGUUUCAAGUGAGUCAUCUUAUUUGGAUGAAGCUCUUCGAUUAAAAGUUCUAGCCGUGUCAAUGAGAAGAUGAAGAUGUUUUCGAUCUCCCACAAGACAGCCUUCGUGGUGGAUCACUGCCCCUACAUGGCAGAGUCCUGUCGACAGCAAGUGGAGUUCGACAUGCUGACCAAAAACCGCCCACAGGGCGUGAUCCCUCUCGCGCCCGUGUCCAAAUCCCUGUGGACCUGUGCUGUGGAGUGCUCCAUGGAGUAUUGCCGCAUCUUGUAUGACAUCUACCCCACCAGAAAACUGGUGAACUUCAUAGUCAGCGAUUCUGAGUUUCACAUCCUGAACAGCUGGAAUCAGGCAGACCAAAGCACCCAGGAGCUCAUGGCAGCUCUCGCAGCUGUGGGGCCACCUAACCCUCACGAGGACCCGGAGUGUUGCAGCAUUCUGCAUGGCUUGAUGGCAGCUGUGGAGUCGCUGUGCAAGAUCACAGAGUACCAGCAUGAGGCACGCACCACUCUUAUGGACAAAGCAGAUCGUGUCAGCAACAGGGGCCGCAUCAUUUGUAUCACCAACGCCAAGAGUGACACGCACGUUCGCAUGCUGGAGGACUAUGUGCAGGAAACCAUCCAGGAGCAGAACAAGCUGGCCAUCAGCUCAGACCGGCUUAUGCAGAUUCAGCAGUGUGAGCUGGUUCUUAUCCACACUUACCCCUUCGGAGAAGAAACCCUGGUUUCUGACCGGCCAAAGAAAGAGAUCUCCCCUGUCUUAACCAGUGAGGUUCAUAGCGUGCGUGCGGGACGGCACCUUGCGUCCAAGCUUAACAUUCUCGUUCAGCAGCACUUUGACCUGGCCUCCACCACCAUCACCAACAUCCCUAUGAAGGAGGAGCAACAUGCAAACACCUCUGCUAACUAUGACGUGGAACUCUUGCACCACAGAGAUGCACACAUGGAAUUUAUUAAAAGUGGUGACUUGCACCCUGCGGGCAGCACCAGUCGCGACAGUGGCCUGAAGGAGACGGUCACCCUGAAAUGGUGCACGCCGCGCACUAACAGCGUAGAGCUUCACUUCUGCACUGGAGCCUAUCGGAUUUCGCCCGUAGACGUCAACAGUCGGCCGUCGUCCUGUUUGACAAACUUUUUGCUCAAUGGCCGCUCCGUGCUCUUGGAGCAACCGCGAAAGUCAGGGUCAAAGGUCAUCAGUCACAUGCUCAGCAGCCAUGGUGGGGAGAUCUUCCUGCAUGUGCUCAACUGUACCCGCUCCACCCUGGAGGACCCGCCCUCUAUCAGUGAGGGAUGCGGCGGAAGAGUCACUGAUUAUCGUAUCACCGACUUUGGGGAAUUCAUGAGGGAGAACAGGUUGACACCUUUUCCAGAUGUGCAGGGCUCAGAGGUUGCUGGGAAGGUCCCGCUGGAGAGAGCGAAGAGGCAGCUAGAGCGCCACACUCGCUAUUGGCCCAUGAUCAUCUCACAAACCACCAUCUUUAACAUGCAGGCAGUGGUCCCCUUGGCUAGUUUAAUAGUGAAGGAGAGUUUAACUGAGGAGGAUGUGCUGACCUGCCAGAAGACCAUCUACAACCUUGUGGACAUGGAGAGGAAGAAUGACCCUCUACCAAUCUCGACAGUGGGCACCAGAGGCAAGGGACCCAAAAGGGACGAGCAGUACCGCAUCAUGUGGAACGAGCUGGAGACACUUGUGCGCACCCACAUGGGCAGCAGCGAGCGGCACCAGCGUGUUCUGGACUGUGUGCUGGCCUGCCGCAGCAAGCCGCCCGAGGAGGAGGACCGCAAGAAGCGCGGAAGAAAGCGGGAGGAUAGGGAAGACAAGGGCGAGAAGAAUGGCAAGGACUCAGAGUCAGAGCGCAGCUGGCAGGAAUCUGAGAGGUUGAAGGCGGCCCUGGAGCGGGACAGAGAGGAGCUGGCCGAGGCAGAAGUGAUCAAGGAUUCUCCAGACUCCCCGGAGCCUCUCAACAAGAAGCCUCGCCUCGAGGUUGAAGACGUGCAGCCAGCUGAAAAGGCCAAAGGUCCAGUCUCUCUGCUCACGAUGUGGACCAACCGGAUCAACACGGCCAACUCGCGGAAGCACCAGGAGUUCGCUGGAAGAGUCAACUCCGUGAACAACAAAGCAGAGCUGUACCAGCAUCUCAAAGAUGAAAAUGGAAUGGACCCCCACGAAAAUGGAAAAGCUAUGAGAUAAUGUCCCUUGGGACCGGGAGAGUCAUCAGUCCGUCGCGGCUGCCUACAGGAAACAGUUUUACCAUGAAACAUCGAGUGUGUUGAGCGAGGCACAUCCAUCUGUCCAGCCUUUUAUCUCUAGAAACAAUGCACAGGUGACAUUCAGAGACUGGACUGAAAAUUUUUUAAUUUCUUUUUUACAUGUUUAUACAGAUGACUUCCGAUAUUCUGAGAGGAAAAUAAACUACAUCUGUGGAUUGUU